UAGCGGAAUACCAUGCAUUUGCCAGCAUUAUGAUCAACGGGCGCCCGCCAGUGCAAACGGCAAUGCGAUCUAUAAGCACGUUUCCUUUUGUCUCUGCCGCAUGAGUGGCUGAGUGGCGCUGCGGAGCGCUAGUCGCGUGGUUAUUCCCGUCGCGUGAGCCGGCACUGACAUUUCCCGCAGCGCUGGACGGAGAUAUCUCAAUGGAGGGAUUGAAGAGGAUAGCAGAAUGAACAGGAAAAAGAGAUAGGGAUGCCCUGGAAUAACAUCAAUCGAUUGCAACGAGGCGCCUAGUGUAGGCUGAGAGCAGUCGGUCAUGAAAAUCCAGUGUAUCGGGAGAUCGCGUAAAUUAAAUACGUCUUUUUCUGGUUUUGUUGCUGACAGAAACAAUCCAUAAUGCUAUAUUUGCGCGCGGGAUCCAUUCAACAGUCUGGAGCUGCUGUUGGUGCUGCCUGCGUGCUGAUUUGAUACCGGUCAGGUUUUUUGUACAUACAGUACGUUACUGCGAACAGCGUUUAUUUUAAUAUUCAUCUGCCCAUUUAUUUGUUAGUGCUUUUAGUUAGCAUUUCCAGAAUUUAGUUCUUACUGUGCGCGCAUUCCGAUUUAACUGUUUUUAAUGCAAAACAUACUCCACUUAAAUGCCUAUGUUGCUGAAGUUUGCUUAUGAAACUCAUUGGACUUUCCGUCGCACUGUUUGUAAUAGUGUGAAAAUCAGCGCCGGACUGGAAAGCAGCUGUACAUGAGAAGGUUAUUACCGUAGAAUGCAAGUUUAUGGUUUGCUGAGCGAGCAUUUGCGGGAGUCUGAGAGAGGUGUCUGUACUUAGUUGUAGUUAGUACAUGACACCAGGUGUGUAAUUCACGGUCAGUGAUGAUACUUCUAUGGCUAAUGCAAUGACGCUCGUUGGCUGUAGCUUAUCAGCGUGAUGCUUUCAUUAGCCGAAAAUCCUUACGCACGACUUAUUCCUGGCUGUAGUGUGAAGUGUGAACUGGUACAAUGACAGACAAGGGCUAAGAUUAGUAGCGCGUGACGCAGUAAAUGCAGUAUUUAACAUUUACUCUAAAGGCAGAACAGGAUGAAGCGGUGGACGGAUCACGGGACUAAUUAUCUCUGUCGCUCUUUUUCUCAAUUUUCCUAGUGAGAUCGCUGCUCAUCGCCAUUGCCUAAACCGCCCAUAUUUGGCGCGCACGGCUGCACAUACUACAUAGUCCUCUGCUAGAGCAGGUCAGCAGCAGCGCCCACAGAACCGUCUUUACUAAAUCGCCGCAUCAUCCACCCCUCGUCUUGGGUUUUGCCCGCGGCCUGCCUUGGAAGGUCGAGGUCAGGUGGAUUAAUCAAGGUUAAAUACCGAUUUCCACCGGUAAGAUCCUGCUUGAAUUUUCCUUCGCGGCAUGUUAAAGGAGCACUUUCCCCAUCUGCAUGUUACAACGGGAAUAAAACAGUCAGUAAGUUACGAUAGGUAACCUUAAAGCGUUUUUGUCGUGACCUUGCGGUGACUGAUGCUCUCUGGUUGCCUCUUGCCUGUUCGGAUGCUGCAAAUAGACGCGUAAGUGAGUUAGAGCUAUUAUGUUUCCGGUGCUAAUGAUCAACCUGCGCACGCAAGAAGAGUUAUCGUGGUGUACAGCGCAAAGGAGCGCAGUUGGCGAUUUGUUUAUGACAAUGCGCAGGACAGGGCGCAAGCGCCAAUUAGCAGCCUUUAAUUUUUAGGUAUAAACUGCACCGGCAUCGUUUAUCGUUCCGGUGCUCGGAGAAAUAGGGGAUGCCAUUCGGCGCCAAUAUGUUUGAAUGUUUAACUUGAUAACAUAUUGUGCUUAUUCUGAAGUUGCUUUUGUUUAGCCGGUUACAUGCAGUGAACGAUUCGUCCUGUUUACCUGUAGGACACUAGGAAUACAUGCGCAGCACUCUAGUAAGGGCGCUGUUGAGUAUCACGUGACGAUCCCAUCUGCAGCUGAUAUACUAACCCGGCAGUGCCCACUACACCAUGAGCACCCGCUGUUAGGUCCUCACCGCACCGGCACGCCAGCAGCAGCAUACCAUUAGACAGACACGGAAAGAUGGUCCUGCCCAUGUUCCCCAUGGAGCCGCGCUUCUUUGGUAACAUGUCUCUGGUCUUUAGCGACAAACACGACCCCCGCUGCGCCGGAAACUGGUCGCUGGUCUUCCGCUUCAUCGCCGCAUACGAUCCCGAAUACCAUGCGACCCGGCCGUAUAUCAUCGGGGCCCUGCUAACUCUUGGCGCUGUCGGCCUUAUUAGCAACGUCCUAGUCAUAGUCUUUCUGGCUGGCCAUGGCCGCUUCCGCACGUCCGGACUGUCGGCGCUGAUGUUGCAACUGGCCAUUGCCGAUGUGAUGGUGUCACUGUUCUGUCUGCUUGUGGAUGGAGUGUGGAAUGUGACGGUGGCCUGGCUGGGCGGGGAGGUGCUGUGUCGGUUUAUGAAGUUUGUGCAGAUGCUCAGUUUGUACGCCUCGACGAUGAUCCUGACCGGCAUGACGGUGGAACGAUGCGUUACCGUCAUUUAUCCGCUCAGUCGAUGUCAGCCGCAUAUUGCCAUGCAGAGAGCGCGAACUGUCUCCAUAGUGGUGUGGUUCUUCGCCAUCGUUUUUAGUACCCCUCAGAUGCUUAUCUUCCGUGUGGAACGUGCGCCGAUCUGCGUGGAUUUCUACCAGUGUGUCACGUACGGCUCCUACUCGGAGCCCUGGCAAGAGGUGGCCUACACGCUGGCCACUCUACUGAUAAUGUUUGUCUUUCCCCUCAUCAUCAAUGUCAUCUGCUGUAUUACUAUCUCCGUCUUAGUCUCCAACGAAGCCAAGAUGGCUGCCGGAUCGCGGCGUACCGAACUUCAAAAUGGAUAUCGAGUGCGCAUCGCCUCUAUGCAAGACCCGGGGCUGGGUCGAAAAGCGUACCGGCGGACACGCCAGUUCUCGCUUUGGACCACAUUUUGUAUUGCGUUUAUAUACAUGCUCUGCUGGUGUCCGUAUUAUGCGUCAAUGGUUGCGUAUGUUUUCCAUUACCACUUACCCAGCAGUUGGAUGACCAUUAUUUUGUGUUUCGGAAUGACGAGCACCGUGCUCAAUCCAGUGAUCUACGGGAUUUUCCGGCUGCUGUCGGCAAGAAACCGGUCGGAGCGGCUCCGUCGUCAACCUUCGGCCAUGCUGAGCAACAUGCGCACCGGAUCCGCGGUAACGGAAGGAAGUCCCUUCCUGCAUGUACCUUCCAGCGCUGUGGUGGCAUCCAGCGCCUAGAGACAGGAUGACACAUACACAUGUCCAGGAUCAGCUUCCGGUUUUCCAUUGAUUACUGUCGGAUCAAGGGCUCUAAUUGUUCUUAAGCUGCAUAUGUGGUCAACCCGCACUUGUGAUAGUCUCAAAUCGGCGGGUAUUACGAUAACAAAGCUG